AUGGUCAUGGAACUGUUAGUGACUGAUGUUGGCAGAGUGCUAUUAGACGACAAUGUGGGGACAGAUGCACUGCUUGGAAUUGUCGAGGAGCUGUUGGUGAAUGAUGUUGGAAGAGAGGUGUUUGAGAGCCCUGGUGCAUUUGAUGACAAUACAGGGGACAAGGAGCUGCUCGUGAUUAUUAGUGAGCUGUUUGUGAAUGAUGUUGGCAGGGAGCUCGAUGAGCUGCUCGAGAUUAUCGUGGAACUGUUUGUGAAUGAUGUUGGCAGAGAGGUGUUUGAGCGCACUGAUGCGUUUGACGACAGUGUGGGGAGCGAUGUACUGCUUAAAAUUGCCGUCGAACUAUUCGUAAAUGAUGUUGACAGAGGGGCGUUUGACGACAAAUUGUGGAGCGAUGCACUGCUCGGAAUUGUCGCGGACCUGUUAUUGAACGAUGUUCGCAGAGAGCUAUUUGACGACAGUGUGGGGAGGGAUGAGCUGCCUGAAAUUGUCGCGGAGCUGUUAGUGAAUGAUGUUUGCAGAGAGGUGUUUGACGACAGUGUUGGGAGCGAUGCACUGCUUGGAACCAUAGCGGAGCUGUUAGUGGAUGUUGUCGACAGAGAGGUGUUUGAGGACAAUGUCGGAUGCGAUUCACUGCUUCGAAUUGUCGCGGAGCUGUUAGUGAAUGAUGUUGGCGAGGAUGUGUUUGAGGACAGUGUCGGGAGCACAUUACUUGAAAUUGUUGCAGAACUGUUAGUCAAUGAUGUUGGCAAUGACGUGUUUGUGACAAUCGAGGACAUUUUCGAUGAUGACACCAGUGAAGAGCUGUUCAGUCUCAUUGAUGAAUUGGUAAAUGACGUACUGCUCGAGGAACCACUUGCAAUAUUUGUAGAUGCUUUCAUCAUAACUGAGGAGGAGUUCACUGAUGUAAUUCUCAGUGAGCUACUCAGGCUGAUCGAUGUGUUUGCAAAUGUCGUCGGAGACGAUACAUUGGAAGAUAACUUUGCUGAUACACUCGAAGAGAAUGUUGAGAUAGAUGUAUUUGAUCCCACAGCAGACGUGCUGGCGGACAGAUCUGAAGCCGAGGUGAUAACAAGAACAGAACUGUUACCAUUUGUUGUAGUGAUAGAGACAGUUGAAUGUGAUGAAGCAAGUAUACUGCUUGCGUUGAUUGAAGAUGUAUCGUUCAGGGUGGCACUUAAUGAGCUUAACUGCGUCUUCGAACUAUUGGUGAGCAUAGAUGUGCUCACACUAAAAAUAGAGAGAGAAGCAUUCUUAGAUGAGCGAUCGGGAUUUGCACUUGAAGAUGACACACUUGUCACGGUUGUUAAACCUGAACUUCGCCUAAAAGAAUUUGUCGUGGAAACCAAGGUCGAUGAGUUCAAAGGAGCAGAGGAGAAACUUAUUGACUGUGUUGAGCUCGAUAUGGCUGUUGAAUUCGAAGUGUCAGUUGGUGUCAAAGACACUGAGGAAUUAACAAUAGGCGAGCUUGCCUUACUGACUGUCGAAGUGCCGUUCAAUACAAAAGAGUUUGAUGGCUCACUGGAGACGGUUGGGGUGAUCGGAAGGGAGGUGUUACUGGACAGUCUCAGUGAACUGUGA